AUGUCGUCUACCGUGGAUACGAAGGACCUGAAUCUUUCUUCAAAGGAGGGAAGGAAGAGGGCACAAUUUAUCAAAAUUUAUCUACGCGAAGAUGGCUCUUUUAAGGCCUUUGACCCCAAGUUCGAAAAGGGAACCACUUGUCUUGGUUUAGUUUUUGAAGAAGGGAUUAUGAUAGCUGUUGAUCAUCCACGCACAUCAUUGUGUCCACUGAACGUCGUUCAAUUGAAUUCUCACAUGCUGGCCACAAUAUCUGGUGGGAACGAAUUUUUGCUCAAAGAUCUGCAAAUGAAGUGCAACGAAUAUGAACUUGUGAGGCGGAGGGAACCUUCGGUUCCAGAGGUUUUGGACUGGCUGCGUGAGGCUCUUUUUGCUUACGAAAAGCCACGUCUGUCAGUAGGAAUACUGAUAGCUGUGUGGAACAAAUCGGAGCGUGGCCUGUAUCGCAUGAAUGGUUUUGGGAAACUUGAUACUUAUGAUAGACUUGCCACUGGAUCAGGUUCAGUCGAGGCUAUUGAAGCGUGCAGAUUCUUUGAGCCUGUAACUCAAGCUGCCAAUGUUUGUGGAGUUACCCUGCGUUCUCAGUAUGCUAUCUUCUCCUAUACUCAUAUUUUGUUCGUUUAUAUUGUGUUGGGUGCUAUUUUUCCUGUCGACUUCUUGAAAACAAAUAGUUUGUUUCUUAGUACUAGGAUGCGCAUAACUGAAGUUGCAGAGUUGGCCAAAGGGGCUAUAUGCAGGGCUGCGAAUGUUGCUCCUCAUUAUGGGGAGGUUGUCAGUGUUUACUGCCUACGAGAUGGAGGCUGCGAAAGGAUCCUCAUGGAUGAUAUGGAACCAUGGCAAAAGGAGCACAUCAAAGUCCAAAUGUUGAGGUAUGGCGGCGACUUCCUUAUGGAUAUUCGCUGGUAUGGCGGCGACUUCCCUGGUGAUAUUCGUUGGCAUGGCGAUAUUUUUGUCAGUGAUGUUUAUAGGUACGGCGACGAGUUCGUUGGAGUUUGCUCGUAUGCGACGAGUUCGUUGGAGUUCGCUCGUAUGGCUUUAAAAGAUUCAGUUAUCAUAAAUUUAGUUGUUAGAUCUAUGAUUUGGGAGUUUCAAUUGAUUUUUAAUGUUGUAUCUUUGUUUCGACACAUGAUACAACCACUGCUUGAUAAGUCACAAAAGGGGGACUGCAGUUCCGUCCUGAUCCCGGGGGCGCCUUGUGGACAAUAUGCACAAGGCAGAGAGCCAGAACCGACGACAAUGUGCUGCGAUAACUCAAGGCAACUGAAUAGCCAGCAAGUGAGCUGCCUCUGCCUCUUGUUGAAUGAUAAUUCCCUCGGAUCUUACACCGUGAAUAAAACAUUAGCCAGGGAACUGCAAGACCUCUGUAGCCUUCAGAACAGCUUGCCUAAUUGUUCAGAAGAGAUGCUGGCACCAGUGCCUCCUAGUUCACCUACUCCCCAAGUUUCAUCAGGGGCAACAAGUAAUGCUACGAUUGCUGCUUCCCCAAUGGUCAAAGUGAAACCUAGGUUCAAGAAGGUUGGGGAUCCUCAGAGUUCUGGAGUAAAGUUAGAUGCAGUGAAUCGCUUGGUGUUGGCUUUACUACUAUGUUUACUGGCUUUUCUUACAGUCUGA